AAAAUAAAACAAAACAAAAACACUUUCUAUAUGUGCCAUCAAAAGUAGAUAUAGGGGCCUACAAACAUAUAAAGAAAUUUAAUUUCAGGAAACCUCAAUGUAAAAACAAAAUCAAUGCUCUGAGAUGUAAUAUUAAAACAGAUACAGAUCUUAAUCUAGCUGGUUUUAUUUCGAUAUGUUGUUUCAAGAGUAUUCUCAUGGCUUCAAAAGAUUUGAUAAAUAGCAUCACGGCCAGGCUGGUAAAUACCCAAUGACUACAGAAUGUCAAAACAUUUUUUCCCGUUUCGACUCCAGAGUCUGUUUAGAAGCAGACGACAACCGUGUACUGUCUUGGAGAUGAAUUUUGAUGAGUUGCCGCAGCAUCAUAUGUUGGAGGCCUUGUUCCCUCUAAUAGGUCCAAAGAGCCCAGGAGAAUUAUGAGACUUUAGCUACGUUUGAUGACCAAUUGACCAGAGUGACGUCUACUUCCAGGGUCAAGGUGGAUUCUGAUGACCGCUGGAUGUCCUCUCCACCCGCUCUGUCUCCCCUGGAGAGAUUCUACCACACGUACAUCUCCCACUAUGACAAACGGGAGGAGGCGCCCCUGAGCAAAAGGGUGAAAGGGCGCGCCAAGAAGAAGGCCAGGAGAAAGCUGAGCACCGACAACACCAUCUCCUCGCUUGACAGCUUAAUCUGCGAUGACACCCAGCUGCGAAAGGCUGAUUCCAAUCAAAGUGACGCACUGCCCAAGGAAGAAUCGAAAGAAGCCACAGUGGACAAGACGGACACCACCUUGCGAGAGCUGACCAUGGAGAACAAGUCCCUCCUGGGGAAAGAUUGGGAGAGCUCGGAACAGACCAGCAGGUCAGAGCCUGUGCACUCGUACGUUCGUCACGAGGAGAUGAAUGCUGAACGCGUAGACUUGUUUGAUCCGGUGGACCCGGCCAGCUCUGGUCAAAACAAAACGGACAAGCAGAGCAUUGCGUUUCUGGACAACGCUACGAAUCUCGACUUUACUUUACUCGAGAACUGUAUGAGAGAUCAUUCAGAACUGCAAUUCAAGGAUUCUCAAUUCACUGUACACGUGGGGCCAGAGUGCAUCCGCAUCAGCGAUCAGAACGAACAUUUGAAUGUCAACGGGAAACCGUCGCAAGUAAUUAUCCUUGGAGACUUCAAGGUUCCCUCCCAUGGAACAGCUUUUGUUGAAGACCUCAAGGUUCCCUCCUUUGGAACAUCCUUUGGCGGUAAGCGCAGGGCGAGUGAGCCUUUGCCUUCCUGCAGCUCUCAGGUACCAGGCGCCGAGUCUGAGUUCAAACGUAGCCCGAUGCGCAUCAAGGGAGAUCAUGUCUACAUAAACAUCGGGGGAGAGAACACUCAGAUAAAACGCUACAACGACUACGGCACUGUGAAGAUCUCAGGGCGCAAGUCCAAGAAGAUAGCCGAGGCCGCGGAGAAGGCGAAGAAGAAGAAGAAGAAGAAAGCAUUGAAGACAAGCGCCGCCGCUGAAAAAAGAGAGAAGCGGAAGAAGAAAAAGCGCAUGAAGUUCACUGACCACGAAAAGGAGAUCAGUAACAGUAAUCUCGGGGAGGCCGAACUCUCGCCGGCAUCAAGCGGCCAGGAUCUUGACCAGGAGAAUGAGUUUACGGCCCGCAAUCCGGGACAGGCUUAUGAUCACUCUUCACCAUCUAUCGAGAUGUCCGAAUCGCUGGACACGCUGACCACCGCACAGAUCUACUCUGCACUCAAGGACCAUGCUGACCAGGACAGUCUCGCUCUGCCCGAGCAGCAGAACGAGGCUUGCUGUUACGUCAUAGACUCAGAGCCACCUAGCGGCGUAUUCUUGCCAGACAACCUUGAGAUUCUCAACGGUUCUGGCAGACGUCUGGAGAACAUCCUGACUAACAACGACUCGGGCAUUCAAGCCGAGCAUUUGGAUCAAGAUGGCCGACCACGUAUCGCGGAAGUGACGACAUCACGGUCAAGUGAAGCAGAAGUCAAUAGUCCUACUGGGUUAACUCCCAUGAGACCUAAGCGCACAGAAACGGCAUCAGACGUAUGCUUCCCCGUGGCUGCAGACACCUCAGCUGGGCUGUCGAAAGAGGAUGAGAUCAUUGACGAAACAGGUCUGGUGAACAUCUACGCUUUGAAGAAUGACCUCAACAGAAAGAAUCAUCAUUUAAAAAAGAGCAUCACGCGAUUCAGAGAGAAGACUGAAAAGCUGGCACGUCUGCACAGCUACAUGGAACAGCUGAAGCUGGAGACUGCUGAAAUGAGGCGUCUUCUGUGUGGCGUGGACAGGCAGACUGAGGCUUUGCGAUGUGAGGCUGCUGAGAUGAGAUGCACUGUAACAGCCAUUUGCGAUCUCUCAGUUGCUACUAUCGGCAAAGAGACUGAAGCGAGAAGACUUGAACCAGCCUGCUACAGACGUUAUUUGAACAUUAGAACUGCUGCAGACGCCUCGUCAGCUUUAACUGCUGUCAGAAGCAGGAUCAAAGCUUUGAAUGACCUUGAAGUGCUCAUCUACAGGAAGCAGCUUGUCCUUCAUCACGUGCUGCCCACGCUCACGCAGGAAAAGACUGCACCCCCAAAGAGAGUUAACAGACCCGCUCAUAAAGGGACGAAGUCGAAGAGGAAUGACGAGGUGUGUGAGACUCCAGGUGCUGGACAUAUUGUCAUCGAGGUGGUCUCCCCUGUGCAGGAGCUACACACUCCUAGUCUGUCAGAAGAUGUCAGCCACACAGAGUCUCCACUGACAUCUUCUACACCGAUGUCUGGUUCUAACGACGGCACUGUGUCCACUCCCAUGUUGCCGGACACGGAGGUCUAAUCAUUUGGUCAUCUAAACUGGACACAGAAUGAAACAUAGAAGAGUUCACACACCAAAAAAAUGAGGAACUUAUUUGAGUGCUACAUCAUUCGCUGUACUUUUGAAAUGAAUCAUUUUUAAUAUUAAAGAAAACUGAAACAGUUUUAAUGACAU